AUGGAUGUGGACCACUUUCAUCCACUCCUGCAGUGGCUGCGUCGCCAAGCAGUGCAUGAGACCGUCUCCAAAAUCGCUCCAAGUGGAAGCUUUUUCUGGCAGCAUUUGCAGAGCUUGAUUUGGGGCUGCUUGCGAUUUGCUGUCUGUGUUCCACGGGACUGCCCAACAGUUUCGGAAGCUUUGGAGAAACUUGGUUCGUGGCCUCCAGCAACUAUCCUCAUCUCUGCCGGGACUUACCACGAGAGCUUUGUAGUUGACAAGCCUGUCGAGCUGAUGGGUAGGGGCACUUCACGUGGUGGCUCGAAGGUGGUAUUUAAGGGCCUCCAGUCGCAACCAAUUCGGGUGGCCGUGCGGGGUCCCGCACAAGCGUCUUUGCAGAAUCUGUGCCUGGAGGGCGAAGGCGGAGUGGAAGUGGAGGGUGGAAGUGUGCUGCUGAAGUGCUGCACAGUUUCACUGUCAGAGCCAUUUAUCGUGAAGGGGAAAUCCUCCGCUACUUUGCAAGAAUCCUCAUUCGUUUCCUGCCGUCGCACGGCUUUGAUCCUUAGGGACGAAACAGAGGUCAAGUUCAACAGCUGCACCUUCGAGGGAAACCUGAAUGUUUGUAUUUCCGCAAGAGAGCAGGCAUCCGUUACAGUGUCUGAUUGUGUUUUGCAAAGGAAUGCAGCACCGGUCAUGCAGUUCCGUGAUACUGUGAAAGUCCAGGUGGAACGCACGGGGUUUCGAUGCAAUAAUGGGUGUGGUGUCUUGGUCCGGGGCCAGGCAUCUGCCAGUAUAGAAUCUUGUGAGAUGCGGGGCCAGAAAAUGGCUGCAGUCGCAUAUCAGCACAAUGCAACUGGCAGGCUUCUAGGCAAUGUGAUGCAAGAGAAUGACGGGGCUGUCGUGCUCAUCAGUGGCACAGCCUCUGUUCAAGUGGAAGACAACACGAUGACGAACAACGGCAAGACUGCCCCUGUCAUCGAGUUUUCUUCUGCUUCUGGCACGGUUCGUGCAAAGGUUGUGUCCAAGCGCGAAGAUUCGCAGAAUCAGCUUACACACAAGCUAGCCUAUAUUUCAGGUGAGGCUGGUGAAGAGUGGGUCGAUGUUGAUGAGCAGCGGAAGAUCUUGCGAAACAAGACCGGUCAAACCAAUAUACCGUACAAAUUGCAACAGCCCAUGAGAGCAGGGCAUGCCGACGACGGAGAGGGUGGGACACUCAAUGGUGCAAGCCUUGCUAGGGGCACAAAGCGUUGUGUGAUUGCUGUCCGGGACGCCGCGCAGGCCACCAUCCGGAACAAUCGUAUUGAGGGAAAUGCAGGCUACGGCAUUCUCGUAAGCGAGCAGGCCUCUCCUGUGAUUGAAGGGAACUUCUUGUCUGCAUGCCGUUGUUCCGCGAUUCACGUGGAUGGUACAUCUUCUGCACGUAUCAGCCAGAACAGCUUCACCGAUAAUCAUGCCGCAGGAAUCGAUGUGCGUGGUGAAGCAUCCCCGACAAUCGAGGAAAACAAGUUUCGAGGUCAUACAAGGCAGGCCAUCAGGGCUGCAGACAAAUCCGCCUGCAUCAUUCGAGGGAACAGCUUGUCAAGCAACGAUGGUCAUGCAGUCAUCAUCACGGACUUUGCUUGCCCUCGUGUGGAGCAGAAUGUUAUGGAGUCUGACCAGAAGCCCGCGAUGCUUGUCCGGUCUCCUCUUGGUACCUACUCGGCGAAUGAAGAAGUCGAAAGGGGAGCCCGCGAGCGCCGCACAAAGCGGCGACGGGAGCCGGACUGUGAGGAAGCCCAGCAAAAGGAGAAGGCACCUCUACUUCCGUGCGGCUUGGAGGUGCAAAGGCGAUGGCCGAUCAGUCCGGAAGAUGACCUGCCGAUAAGGUCCAUCGAAGAGUGGCAUCCACCGCAGAUUAGGAGGAAAUGGGGAAGUCGAAAAGAAGCACAGAUGAUGAGGAGGAAGGAGUUCUCCUCGCAACUGCCAGCAAGGGCAUGCUUGGGAAACUUCUCCUUCGAUAAACCACCAGAACCUGCUUCGGAGGUGGUGGAGCUGCUGCAAGACAUGAAAAUCACACCGCGCUUGGUGAUGCAGUUCUUCAAGACUUUUAAAAGGCUUAAGCGGUUCGACUCCAUCACACUCCGGGUUGGGCCCGAUGAAGUUAGCACCGCGAGCAUGACCAGACUGGUCAAGAACCAUCGACAGUGGGUCGCCAAGAUCAUGAUACUGCUUCUCGAUCUGGCCGGCUACAAGGACACAGUCACAUGGGACGGCUUCCUCUAUGUCACGAUGCAGUUUUGUGCCCUCUCCAAGCUCGAGCUAUGUCAGGUCAUGUUUUAUGUCGUGUGCAAAGAGAUGAAGAGCUGGACAGUGCACUACCUUACCAGCAGUCAGCUGGAAGAGUUCUACGAUGACUACUACACUUGUCCCGUUCAUGCAUUCAACACGAAUUCGAUCAACUUUGCCAAGUUGCCAUUGGCAAAGUUCCGAAUGCAAGACUUCAUCGAGCUGUGCUACAGGUAUAGCCAGCUCAUCAAUCCAUGUAUGCACUUGCAGAGAUCAUUGCAGCAGUCCUUGCCUUCACUUCGUUUCUGGUCGAACUAUGAUAAGAUCAAGGUGUACAAUCGCCGAAUCACCAUCGACUUUUUCCGUUUCCAGAAAGUCACAAGCCUAUUGGAACUGAUGCGACGACACGCUGGCACCGGCGUUGGGCCCGUGCAGCAGCACCGCCUUAACGUCAUGGAUCAGUUUAUGGUGCUGGAGAAGUCCAAUCCAGGUUUCAAGGACGACAUUGAGAAGUUCAAGGCUGCUGUGUUGAAGGCAAUGGAAAAGUGUCGACCCACAAAAAGCGGACUUCUACCGCUGCCCAUGGGAGUGCAUCCUCCGGCCAAGGUCAGACUUGUCAGGGAAAUGCGCUUGCCGGAGUGGAUGCAUCGCCACCUCGAGACCAAUCAGGCACCAGGAGUGCAUGGAGGGCAUGCCCUGGGGCAUGCUGCCCAACUUGAAGCCAACAAUCAAGAAAAGGUCAUCCCAUCAAUGGCAAGCUCAUCGAUGCCAAGGUCUGUUGAAGAGGCAGAAGCCCUGGUGCGUUCGACGUUUGGUGAGAUUGCAUCGAGAAGCAAAGUGAAACAAAUAGCUGCCAACCUCUUUCAGCACGCAGCCAAGCCACCAAGUGAAGACAGCAGGUUGAAAUCCGUCGUUCGAAGCCAGGAGCUGGAGUUCAUUCGCAUGAGUCGGCAAGACGUUGAACCUCCUAACCUUGUUCGGACAAUGCAGAGGUUGUUCCAGGAAGAGCUUAUGGACAGAACCCCCAAAGAAGCUGCCAUAUGA